CACAUGAAUUUAUUACGCACACUUAAGCCUACAUUAAGACCUAAUCUCAACACCGCAUCGCCAUAUAAAAGCAACUCCCGUCUUUAAGACAGUUAUUUGACAAAAUGAGAGUGCAGCCUUCAAACACACCACCCGAAAAGUCGCAACUUUCGACCGCCGACACCGCAAAUCUCAUCAAUAAAUCGUUGGGGAAACACAAUUUGCAAAAAUCCUUCGCUAAAGUUGUCAUCCUGGCCCAGAUUUUUGGAUUUUUCCCGGCUCAGGGAAUUCUGGGCCGCGAUUUCCGCGCAAUUCACUUCACAUGGGCCUCGGCACGAGUCGGUUACACAGUUGUGACCAUUUUGGGGGCGACUUUCGUCACAGUGUUGCAACUGCAUAAAAUUUUUGCCAAAGGUUUGAACGUGAUUGAGGCCAAUCGCUUGUUUUUCUACUGCUCGGGGCUGGCUUCUGGUUAUUUGUACUUGAAAUUAGCCAUGAAGUGGCCCCGGUUUAUGAAAGAUUGGAGCUGUGUUGAGGUGAUGAUGGCGAGUUAUGGCUGGCCUGCGGGGCUUAACCGGAGAUUGAAUGUUUUACUUGCAGUUUUUAUGUCACUAGCGCUAAUCGAGUAUAUUUUGAUGCAAACGAACAAACUCGUCUUGGCGCUAGAAUGUAAUAACAGUACGUCGGAAGGGUUCGAUUAUUUUUUCGGCAAAAUGUCCUACUCUCACAUUUUUUCGCUAAUGGACUACAACAUAGUUAUGGCCCUUAUGUUGCAAUUCAUUACGUUACAACACACUUUUAUUUGGGUUUUUAACGACGUUUUUGUCAUGCUGUUAAGCACGGCUUUGGCCUACAGAUUCAGUCAAGUAACUGAACGAACCCAGUCAAUGUCUGAAUCUAAAAAUAAGAGCGAAAGUGCUUGGAAAAAUUUACGAGAGGACUACAACCGACUUUGCCGGCUUUGUAAACGAGUGGACGAAGAAAUAUCGUACAUAGUCCUCAUGUCAUUCGCUUCUGACUUGCUUUUUAUCUUAAUCCAACUAUUUAACAGUCUCAGGCAAAUGAAAAAUAAUUUGGAGCGAAUCUACUUUUACUGGUCGUUUGGUUUCUUGAUCGUGCGUACGGUGUGCUUGUGUCUUUUUGGUGGUAAAGUUAACGAUGAAAGUACACAGCCGAUGUUGGUUUUAAAUUCGGUUUCCGCAGAUGUGUACAAUUUGGAGAUUCAAAGAUUUAUACACCAGAUUGGGACACUCGAAGUUGCUUUUACGGGCAAAAACUUUUUCAGUAUCACUCGAGGACUCAUCCUUAGUAUCGCUGGCGCGAUAGUUUCCUACGAGCUGGUUUUAAUGCAGUUCAAUGAUAGUUUACUGGAAACGAUUUCGGAACAAAUAGAUUCGUGCCCCGUUUACCUGAAAAGUUUGUUUUUUAUUUACAUUUUCCACCCCAAACACCCGUCCCCAAGUUAUUAUAAAUCAUUUCUCCAAAGUUCCUCACCCACAAAUAUGGAAAAGUCGACGAAAAUAUUUCCCGUUCCGGGAGACAAAAACUUGCACAAGUCUUACAGCAAAAUGUUGAUUCUUGCGCAGAUUUUCGGCUUUUUCCCAGUACAGGGCGUCCGAGGCCCGGAUUUCCGCUCCCUACGUUUUUCCUGGAAGUCGGCCCGAGUUGUAUACGCACUUUUUACUCUACUUGGAACGUUCCUCAUUUCUGGCUUUCAAAUGCAAAAAAUCGCCACCAAAGGCCUAGACUUAUUGGAAGCCAAUCGUUUGUUCUUUUUUCUGACCGGAGUUGUGGCCUCACUUUUGUUCCUAAAUCUGGCCAAAAGGUGGCCCAAGGUCCUGAAAGAUUGGUGUGUGGUUGACGCGACUUUUGCCAGUUAUGGCUGGCCCAAAGGACUCAACAAAAAACUAAAUACUUUGACGGUUGUUUUCAUGUUGAUUGCGUUAGGUGAGCAUUGGUUGUCCAGAUAUUGUUGGGUAAAAGUGUUUUUAGUGGAACAUAUUUUGGUCCAAACGAACAAGCUUGUGCUAGCACUAGAAUGCAAUAACACGACGGCUGAAGGUUUUACGUAUUUUUUGGGCAACAUGUCUUUUGCGCAUAUUUUCGCCUUGGUGGAGUACGAUAUUUUCAAAGCUUUGGUUUUGCAAACGAUAAAUCUUCAGAUUACUUUUAUUUGGACGUACAAUGAUUUAUUCGUUAUGUUGAUAAGUACGGCCCUGGCUUACAGAUUUGGGCAAAUAACUCGAAGAAUUGCAGCAGUAGCGAGCGAAAAGAUUAAAAAUGAAAUUAUUUGGAAAAAAUUGCGGGAAGAUUACACCAGACAAUGCAGACUUGUUAGGAAAGUCGACAAAGAAAUCGCUUAUAUUGUUCUUCUAACAUUCGCGUCCGACUUACUCUUCAUUCUAAUCCAACUUUUUAACAGCUUGAGACGCACGAGGAACGAUUUAGAACGGCUUUAUUUCUACUGGUCUUUUGCUCUCUUAAUUACACGAAUUGUUUGUUUAUGUCUUUUCGGUGCUAAAGUACAUGAUGAAAGUAUAAAACCAUUGUUAACACUAAAUUCCGUACCUACCGAAAUUUACAAUCUGGAGAUUCAAAGAUUUAUUCAACAAAUUGGAAAUUCCGAUAUUGCAAUAACCGGAAAAAAUUUCUUUAGCAUUACCAGAGGUUUAAUUCUCAGCAUUGCUGGCGCCAUUGUAACUUAUGAAUUAGUGGUAAUACAGUUUAACCUGCGCUUAACUGAGGAUAACGACAGCAAUGAAGCUAAUUUGCUUGCUUAAGCGACACUAGAAAUAUGAAAAAAUGUUGUAAAUUAUAUACAAAAAUAAAUGUUUUGACUGCGG